UUAGGAGUUCUUUUCUUUUGCCUCAUCCAUACCAUCAGAAACACCAGCCAUGCUCCACGAAAACAUCAUUUAUUCUUAUCAUGCUCAAUAGUCUAUAUGAUACUUUUCCUCAUUCAUCGGAUCCUCAUCCGAUAUCUCAUCAUUUCCCCCGUACAUUUCGACUCCCCCCUACUCCAUCACACAUUCCGGAACACCCGACCUCCUAAACUCGCUUUGAUUCCCUCGAACUUCACUUCACUCGUUGCUGCCAACGUAUCUCGUCCAGCUCUCAUCCAGUCCUGCAUGCAAUUGUCAAAUACUAUACGGUAAAGCUAGUACCGGAUCAAGCUUCUGCAUAGCCAGUAACAGAUCAGCACAUGAAACGACGAGUCAAGCUUCCAGGUGCCCAAGGCACGCGUGCUUGGGAAUAAGCUCAAGCAGACAUACAUGCCUCGUAGAACAAGCUGGCAACCAUACAGAGCCUAGCCUUGAACGGCCCCAAGUUCAACGCCAUCUUCCUCGAGGACAGUCAUCAACUCUGGCAAGAGUGAUUGCCUCUUGAAUCCACGACCCGGAAAACUGCAGUUGCGAGGCCCUUCGACUAGCCGUCUGGCUUGGCCAGGCCCUUUUUUCAUAACAGGGCCUCGUCUUUCCUCCUGAAAAAGGAAGUGUGGCGCCUUAAAGGCCAAGGAGGUCCCUAUCGGCCUAUGAGCCCGGACAUGUUCGAGAGCAAUGACUAUUUGCGCUUCGACCUGGAGCAUCCUAGACAGGCAGCCUUUGUCCGAGUCUCCGUCGAGGAUAACGUGGCCAAGACUGGAACUGCAUUUAAGUUCGCCUGCGUGGAGUUUCGAGACUCGACCUCAGCGAAGAAAUACGUCGCCAACAUCAAGCUCAAACGGUCUUGAGUUGUCGACGCAACUGGCCGAUUCUUCGACAUCAAAGCUGUGCUGGUCCCUACAAAGUACAACAGCCGUGAGAAGAUGCAGAAAGGCGUCGCUGUAUCGUUGCAAGCAUGAAGAAAAGUCGGGAGCGUUUCGGCGCGAUGAGCCGAACAGACCUCAAGCAGAAACAAAUCGAUAACACCCGCCAGUGGAAGCAGACAAGAUCUUUAACCAUGGAAAUGUUUGAGAAGAAUGGUUAUCUUCGGGUUGGUCUGGAAUAUCCACGGCAGGCUGUCAAUAUCCAAACCAAGAACGGUUGUACUUGGUUGGGAUCAGCACAGACUGUCGUGGGUGUCCCACAUCAAAGCACAUUAGCCGUGAAAAGAUGGAAGAGGGUAUCGACAAGGUUGCGGUCGAAAUGAAAGGGGUGCCGGGGGGGUGGGGCCACAAAGAGUCCUGAACCAUGGACAUGUUAGAUCCACCAUCGCAACUGCUGCCAACCUCGUCGACGUGGGAGUAAGGGGUAUGAGGGAUCCUGAACGCUGGACAUGUUCGAGGCGAAAGACUAUCUUCGUUUCGACCUGGAGAACCCAUGGUAGGCAGUCAUUAUCCCCAACCA